AUGUCGGUUUAUAAUCAGAGAACACACCAGACUCGUCUAAAUGAGUUGUUGGAGGCUAUCAAGUCAGAGUUUGACUAUGCUUUAACCGAGGCUACCAGUUUCAAGAAAAUUGAAGAUGAAUAUCACUUGAAGUAUUCCCAACAAAACACCGAACUUCAACAGAUCAGACAAACUGUUUACGAGUUGGAAAUGGCUCAUAGAAAAAUCAAGGAGGCCUACGAAGAAGAAAUAUUGAGAUUGAAAACUGAGUUGGAGAAUAGAGACAGGCAAAUGAAGAAUGGCUACCAACAACAACAACAGCAGCAACAGCAACAGCAGCAACAUCAACAACAUCAACACCAACAGCCUCAGCCACCUCAACAACCGCAACAACAGCCACCUCAACCAGUUCAGCAACCGCUCCCACCUCAACAACAAGGUCCACCACCGCAGAUUUCUCAACAACAACAACCCCCACCUCACCAACAACCUCCUCAACCUCAUCAAACUCCAAUUCCACCCCAACCCCAGCCUAUCCAACAACAAGCACCGGUUCCGCCACCUCAACAACAACCACAACAGCAGCAGCCAAGAGCAGCCUCGCCUCCUCAACAACAACCACAACAGCAGCAGCCGCAAGCACAAGCACAACCCCCAAAACCACAGCAGGCUUCGGUUCCAGUGCCUGCAGGCAGUACAUUGAAUGUUAUUGACAAGUCUCAAUAUAUCGUCAGCCAAGCGCAAAAAGCCAACCACGUUAAGGAAAUCCCACCUUACCUUUCAGAUUUGGAUGUUGCCAAAGCUAAUCCUGAUUUCAAAAAGCAAAAUCUCGACUACUAUGUCUUGUAUAACCCUGCGUUUGCCCGUGAUUUGGAUGUAGACUUGAUCCAUUCAUUGGACCAUUCAUCUGUCGUUUGUUGUGUACGAUUUUCCAAGGAUGGUAAAUACAUCGCUACUGGAUGUAACAAGACUACGCAAGUUUUCAAUGUUGAUACUGGUGAACUAGUAGCCAAGUUGAUUGAUGACUCGUCGUCUUCAGAUGCCAAGGAAGAAGAUACUUCGUCAUCGAAUGGCGACUUGUAUAUUAGAUCGGUUUGUUUCUCCCCAGAUGGUAAAUUGUUGGCCACGGGAGCUGAAGAUAAAUUGAUUAGAAUCUGGGACUUGUCCACAAAGAGAAUCAUUAAAGUCUUGCGAGGCCACGAGCAAGAUAUCUAUUCAUUGGACUUUUUCCCUGAUGGAGAUCGCUUGGUAUCAGGAUCCGGCGAUAGAUCAGUUAGAAUUUGGAGCUUGAGAUCCUCACAAUGCACAUUGACGUUGAGCAUUGAAGAUGGCGUGACUACAGUUGCCGUGUCGCCAGACGGCAAAUUUAUUGCUGCUGGUUCCUUGGACCGUACUGUUCGUGUUUGGGAUUCAACCACAGGGUUCCUUGUUGAGAGAUUGGACUCGGGUAACGAAAGCGGCAAUGGCCACGAAGAUUCGGUUUACUCGGUUGCCUUCUCCAAUGCCGGAAACCAAAUUGCUUCAGGUUCGUUGGACAGAACGGUGAAGUUGUGGAAUUUGGAAGGCAAAUCUGAUAAAAACUCCAAUUGUGAAGCUACGUAUAUCGGACACAAGGACUUUGUGUUGUCAGUGUGCUGCACUCCAAAUAACGAGUAUAUACUUUCAGGUUCAAAAGACCGUGGUGUCAUCUUUUGGGACCAGGCUUCAGGGAAUCCGUUGUUGAUGUUGCAAGGCCACCGUAACUCAGUCAUAUCGGUUGCCGUCUCGAGUAAUUCUCAAGGCACCGAAGGUAUAUUUGCCACUGGUUCCGGUGAUUGCAAAGCUAGAAUUUGGAAAUGGACGAGAAAGUAA